UAUUUUUUUAUUAAUUAUAAUGUGCGCGUGCGUAUUUUUGUAUGGAGCACUAUAGAGAGAAUUUAUUUAUUUACUACAUCAGCUGUUUAUUUGAAUCUUUAGUGUAGUAUUUAAACUUACAAAACGGGAUGCCGUUUAUUUCCAAAGAUUGGAGAUCUCCGGGAGAAGCAUGGGUUAAAACCGAAGAAGGAUGGGAAAAGAAAAAAGUGUUAGAAAACUGUAAAUCCUUGCAAAAGGUGUUGAGAAAUGAUAUUUCAGAAGAGGAGAGUGAUACCGAUACUGCCAUUCAACCUCACUGUCAUAUAACAAUAAAAUGUACUAAAGAAAUAGCAGGGUUUAACGAAUUAGACGAAGCCGUCAAACGACUAGAUUUCAGAAGUGCCGUUCGAGAUGUCCGUAGAUUUAAUUAUAUAUGCGCUUUAUUGGAACUAUUAAUCGGUCAACAGAUGACAGCUCUAUCGGGAUGUUCCCAAAAAGUUCUAUUAGCUAUGUUGGAAGAGGUCGCUAGUCACGCUACCAAAAGUCAACAUAAUCCGAGAGGUUUUCGACAACUUCUUAGUAAUUUGAGUGCGUUAAGGACGGCCGAAAGGGACGCUUGUUGGGGAGGCCCAUUAGGAUCUCAAUUACUCUGGGACCAACACGCAACAAAGAUAGAAAGGAUAUUGAACAUGGCAGCUAAAAUGCAGAUCUGCGAACCGAAUACUCAACCACAAUUAAUGCAGUUACCGGAAGAGUGUAUUAGAGAAAUUAUUUUGAGAUUAUCCGACCACAAAGAUUUACUAGCAAGUGCGGAAUCUUGUGAACGAAUGGCAGCUAUUGUUGGCGAACAAAGAAUAUGGCGCGAACUAACUAAAUAUCAUUUUGUUCCUCAACAGAUAAAUUUAUUUUUACCCAAAGACAAUAGUAACGUUAACUGGAAGGAAGUGUAUCAUUCUUUGAAAAAGACUUUUGGUAUAAAUGAAGAAAGACAAUACGCCGAAAUGUUAUCGCUAUGCAGAUACUGCCGUUGUUUAUUUUGGAGGUCCUUGGGGCAUCCGUGCAUCGCCGAUCAAUGUCCCGAAUUUCGCGCUCGUAUCCAAGAAGCUGGAGGUAUAAGCGCUCCUGCCCCAGUCCCUCCAUCGGCGUUUCUCAAAUUUUUCUCAUUGUAGAAUAAUUGCCUUUACUACGAUCUCAUUCUCGACAAAUUUAUUUAAGCAUUUCUUUUUGAAAUUCGUACGUAAAGUUCAAAGAAUUUUUGGUUUUCAAGUUGACAUGAAAAUUUUACAUUUAUUUAAAAAAAAUUAUCUUGCCACUCAUCUUCUUCAAUACCUUUGGUAGUUGAUGUUUUAUCUUCAUUCCUCUUUUAUUAUAUUUUUCAUCUGAUUUAUAUACUUCUUCUCCAUUUUAUUAUCAAUUAUUUUAUUUAUUUUUCUCGUUGAAUCAUAACUUUGUUGCCACUUCUUUUAAUGUCUUCUUUUUCUGUCAAAUAUGUCAUUUAUAUUCUUGUGACAUUUAAGUCCAUUUGUCGUAUCAAUCCUUUGAAGGACUAUCAACUUUUUUUGUUUCUGGUUUUUGAUUUUUGAUUCAAACGUGCAUUCAACAACAAGUCUUUUCUUGUUUUUUAUAUUGAUAUAUCCGUGUCCGUGUUCUGUAUUUUAUCUUUUAUCUAUAAGGCUUUCAAUUCUUGACGGCUUUAUUAAACCUUGCUUUAAGUUUGAAGUUUAAUGAUACAAAAACACAGCGAAAAAAAAAUGGAAAACAUACAGUUUUGUCUCGAUGGUAUUCUUUGAUUUUGAUUUGCGAAUUUCCUUCCGGUGAACCGUAACGUGUGUGGCAACCAUUAUGGAGAUUUACAAAUUAUUUUGUUUUUUGUGACGUCGCUUCUUUAAAGAUAAUUGUUCCUAUGGUAAAUUUAUACCAUAUACCAAAGACCAUUCAACCCUUUAAAUUUUAAAUCACAAUUUAAUAUUUAACAUCAUAAUAAAUCCCUUAUUCUAUGAAAAUUCGACGGUGAAUUGUCACAGUUCCUCCAUCUUCCAUCAAUUCAAACAAAUAACCUUUAAAAUACCAUUUUUGGUACAAAACAAAUAUUAAUGUCAUAGCCUUUAUAAGGUCAUUAAUUUUAAUGUUAGUUUACUUUCGGAAACGACGUGGCAAAUUACAUUUGCAACAACUAAAGGGUGAGACACACGUGGCUACUCCGCAAAUGUGACAACAAUGCAAAUGUUGGUCCCAUAUUUCAAAGGCCGCUUGACAUGAUGCAAGACAACGUGCAAUGCAACACGCAAUAUUUCUUGAUGAAAAGUAUACUUAGAUGAAGUUCAGCUGAUUGUUUCAUGCAACAUCAGAAAUGAAUUUAAGUAUAUUUUCCAGUAAAAAAAUUCAAAAUUACGAACUUGUCACUAAUAAAACACGGUGUGUGGGGUAUAAUUCAUUCAUAAAUAAAUUUCAGGUUGUUCCAGUGCUCUGCUGAUGCUGAUUGAACAGCAUAAGAGGAUAAAAAAGAAUCAUCUUUAUAAACGGAUUUUAUAUUCUACAAAGAAAUUGAUUUUUGUAUAAAUAUUUCUAUUUUCAUUCUACUUUCAACAGUCUAGGUUUAAUGGUUUAAUUAUAAAGCGAAAAUUGCUAUGCCUUUCUGAAGAAGAAAAAUUUAUUUUAUUACGGUUAAAUCGAAACUCGUUUUCUAGUAGCAGUGCCUGAUAUCUGUCACUUAGUCUUUGUUAAACUCAAAACUUCUUUUCUCUAACUUUGGCUUCAGCAAAAUAGAUUUCAACGGAUAAAAUAGCUAAGCUGGAUAGAGCUCAUUGUUGAUCUCAGUUUUUUAUCAGUUCGAGUUUCGAAAAUCUCCCUUCCCAAGAAACUACGCUGCACCUUUUGAUACAAAUAAUAGAGGCAGUCUCAUUUCACUGUAUGUAGAUUAAUUUUCAUUUUGACAGACCACCGCAAAUUAUUUAAAUUUUUUCUAAUACUACACGAUUUUGAUCAUGUUUUUCCCUUUCUGUCACAAUAACACCUCUAUGAAUUGUGGCACCCGCAGAUGCCUUGGUGUUAUCUCAAGUUUUCAUUUUUUUAAAACAUGUUUUUUCGUCUAAUUCUAUAGCUAAAUUUAUGUUUUCCCUCAUUGUAUUUGGCCAGGCCUUGGCCCACCAUCGACUAGGUGCUCUUUUCUGUCCAUCAGACUCCAAAAGCAAGGCAGCAGUCUAGAAACCUACCACAAAAUAUAAAAUAAAAUUUGAGGUUAGGAAAUUGUUCACUUUUUCUUUAUGAAGGUCGUUUGACAUGGUGCAAGGCAACGUGAUGCAAUUCCUUACAAGGUUAAAAUGUUGCAUAGAUGAAUAUUGCAUGUCGCUUGACAUUAUGCAUUACAUUAUGACUACAACUAACAAACAUUUCAUUAGUAAAAGUGCAAAAUUUCCUUACCUCAAAUUUUACUUAAUAAUUCUCUGUGACCGGCUUAAAAUGAAAAUAACAAAGCUAAGUAAAAAAAUUCGUCCUAGAAUUGUAGCUUGCACUCAAUAAAAAUGGCACAAAGCCGAUCUUGUUGCAAAUGCGAGAUCUUACAUGAAACAAUCCGCUGAAUUUAAUCUGCGCAUGUUUUUUAUCAAGAAAUAUUACGCCUCGCAUUUCAUCGCACGUUGUGUUGCAUCACGUCAAGCAACGUGCAAUAUUUUGAUCUUCCAAGAAAUUGCAUGCAAUUUCUUGCACGUUGUCUUACCUGAUAUCAAGCAGUCUUAACUGAUACGUUGCGAUUUCAAAUUAAUAACUACGCGGUAGUAGUACGGUAGUCAUGUGUGUAUCGGCCUUAAGGCAGCUAUUGAGCAAUUUAAUAAUAGUGAACGACAGUGUUUGAUUAAUAUUAGACUGAUUUUUUUGAUAUAUUUUGAUUGUUUUUACAUUAUUUUAGCGUUUAGGUUUGAAUUUUACCGUACUAAUUAUUUGGUGGAGUAAAUAAUUAAUUGUUUCUAAUCAAACUAAAAUUCAUUCUAGUAAUUUAUAUUUAUAAACCUUUUAGGACUUGCAGUUCAAUUUAUUAAAAAAUAUUUUCCACCCCAAAAAAAUUAUCCCUGUGGUAUACGGAUUAUCACUUAGAUUGAAGAUGUGUGGAUUAUUUAAAGUGGCAAGAGGGAAUCUUGGAUUAGAAUCGUUAUAUUCGAGGUUGAACAGCUUCAUUGGGAUGAUCCAGGAGCCUCACAGAGUCACUUUAUGCACCAUAACCACUACAUCUUUCAGAAAAAUAUAGAAUAAGUCUGAUGGCGGCAAGGACAAACUCAAGAAGAUCCUGGAUCCAUGAUCCCAGGCAGGUUCAUAUCAGGAGAUAGAGCUUCAUACUUUCAUAGUACUAAUUUAAGUCUGUUACGAUGACAAACAUAAAUGGAUCCCUAACGGCAUACACCACAGCAUCACGUAGAGGUGAAUUGUAUCUUUUCAAUGAUAAUCCCGUCGUCGGAUGGAUUUUAUGUCCGAAAAAGCUCAACAAAUCCAAAUAGAACCGCGAAUGGAGCUAGUUACGCAAAACCUAUUGUAGUAUUAUGAAGAAGUUGCUUUCCUGGAGCGGGUUAUCACCGGUGACGAUAGCAGGUGCAUGAUUUUGAGUCUGAGAUAAAUCGCUACAGCAUACAAUGAAAGUAGUCGUUACCUCACCUUAAAAAAAUCCGGGUUAUACCAUCAGCGGGCUAGGUGAGGAUAACCGUCUUUUUCAACUUCUUAGGUCCGAUAUUCAUCGAGCUCGCAAAACGAUUGACAGUGACGUGUACUGUGAGACAUUUUUCCGCAAGUCCCAGAGUAGUUUGGAUUCUACUCCGCGAUUACGCCCGUCAAGUCUUCAGUGUUACACAAAGUGGGAGCAGCUUCAGUAUCCGCACUACAGCCUGUUUGGUCCGAUAAAGAAAACAUAUCAAAAGGAAGCGCUUCAAUUCUGACGAUGAACUUAAAAACACAGUCACAGGAAUUUUGGGUCGUCAACAGUGUUGUGCUUAUCUUCUUUCUACCUCUUCUACUAUUAAAGGUUUGACGCGGACUCUUUCUUGGCGAUUAUAUAUCUUAAUUAACAAAUAAAAAAAUGAUUUGGCUUUAAACCGGUAGUCACACAAUUCCACACCUCAUUGUUAUUUGAUUUGAUUUUCGUUCUGAGCAAUAAUUCUGUUUGAGUAGCCGUAAUAUGAAUCACCAGUUCCAAUGUACUCUAAACUAGAAGUUCCGAAGAUGGAAGUAUCUUUGGUUGACCUUCAAAGAAUGAUAAAACAGUUUUCCUUCCACUUCUACAGUCACUAUUUACAAUAGCAAGAAACUGAGGGAGAAUAGAAAUGUUUUAAAAAACACGCAAUGAAAAUGUAACAAUAAAACUUGUUUAGUCAGUUGCCUACAAGUGGUGCUGAGUAGGCACAAUUAAUUCCAACUUGUUUCCUUGCUGUACUGGUUUCCUUGUUAAUAUACAAUUGAUUCAAAAUCUUACCUUACAGAAUCCAUUCACCAUGUUUCUAUUGAUCCGUAAAGCAGUAUCUUUAUAUGGAUGAUAAGUAAGUGUUGGCUUUCCCGUUUUCUAUAUAGUCAAUGUUUGAAGCCAAGCUGAUUUCAUUGGGCAAAAAAGGUUGAGUAAGACGUGCGGAAUUAGGGACCAAGCAUACGAAUUUUACAUCGACCAAGUUUCAAAUCUCCAUAUCCAAAUGGAUAGAAAGUGUACCCCCAAUCAAAGCUUUUUAAACUAGUAAUCUUUUAACAUAAAGUGAAAACGUAGUUUAAUGUUUGAAAUACGUCUAUCCAAUUUAUGACUCAUUAUCAGUUUAAUCAGCUCCUUUAAAAGGGGAAAAUAUUUUCCUUUGUUUCAAUGGAUAGACCUUUAGUUGACACCUGAAGAAAGGUAACGCAGCACUCCACCAGUUAAAUAGGUUACUUAUCAGUUAACGUCAGUUGACUGAGCAAAAUUCUUGCCCAAGUUGGAUUUUCUGGAACCGUUGGUGAUAUUCAUACUGAACACACUGUUUAUACUACAAAUACAUCAUCACCCACAAUGUCUGACGCGCGUUUCGAUAAUCAAGUUAUCGUCUUCACAGUAAGUAUCUUCAGUCUCCGUAUCAGAUAGUGUAAUUUUGAGGGUUUGUGUCGUGGUAAUGUAAACAGUUUCCUCAAUAAAAAAUUGUAAUAGUUGUUUUGCCAAUAUAUUAAGUUUAUACCCGAUGUCACAAUAACAAACUGAGUCCUAAUAGGGUUGUUAUGUGUAAAAAACGAAUUUCAAAAAAAUGUCUUUCGUUGUGCUUCUUGUGCAUUGUGAUAUAUUUAUCUUGUAAUUAAGAAAAUAUCUACUAAAUCGUGUGUAAUAGUAAUAAUAAUAAUAGAUGCUAUAUUUCUCAUAGUUAUAUGAAAAAUCUAAUUUGUGGUUGAAAAUUAAAAUUAUUUUUAAUUAAAAAA